UUUCGAUGAUGAGGGCAACCCUAGACUUUCAUGCUUUGGAUUAAUGAAGAACAGUAGAGAUGGAAAAAGUUACAGCACGAACUUGGCAUUUACCCCUCCAGAGUAUUUGAGGACAGGAAGAGUAACACCAGAAAGUGUAAUUUAUAGUUUUGGCACCCUUCUGCUUGAUCUUCUCAGUGGAAAACAUAUUCUUCCAAGUCACGCGCUGGACCUUAUACGUGACAGGAACAUCCAGAUGCUAAUAGAUUCUUGUUUGGAAGAUCAAUUUUCAAAUGAGGAUGGGACUGAGUUAGUAGGUUUAGCAUCUCGAUGUCUGCAAUAUGAGCCCCGUGAACGGCCAAAUCCAAAGUCAUUACUUUCUGCAAUAAUUCCUCUUCAAAGGGAUGCUGAGGUUCCUUCUCAUGUACUAAUGGGCAUCCGUAAUGGUGCUGAUGUCGUACCUCUGACACCGCUUGGGGAAUUCUGCUUAAGAAUGGAUUUGACUGCCAUUCAUGAGGUUUUAGAGAAGCUUGGAUAUAAAGAUGAUGAGGGUGUUGCCACUGAGCUUUCAUUCCAGAUGUGGACCAACCAGAUGCGGGAAACAUUGACGUCGAAGAAAAAGGGUGAUGCUGCUUUUAGGCAUAAAGAUUUUACUGCUGCCAUCGAAUGCAAUACCCAGUUCAUUGAUGUUGGAACCAUGGUUUCCCCAACAGUUUAUGCACGACGCAUUUUGUCGUACCUCAUGAAUGACAUGCCCCAAAAAACCCUCAAUGAUGCUAUGCAAGCACAAAUAGUAUCUCCAGUUUGGCAUGUUGCAUCGUACUUGCAAGCUGCUGCUCUAUUAGCUCUAGAGAAUGAGGACGAGGCACAAGUCGCUCUCAAGGAGGGUACCGUGAUUGAAAAUAAGAAGAACGCUGACGCUACUUCUUGACCACAAUCGAAGCUAAAUAAGUCGCCUCGCCAAUCAACCUGAAGAUGACCUUCCAUUGACAAAGCUCUCAAUUUCCAGGUAAGAAAGA